AUGGCGGAUGACGACGCCCCGGUCUCGUCGCAGCGCGAGCGCGUGACGUACGCGGCGGCGUCGACGGGGUCGACCACCGCGCGUGACGCGGGCGCGCGCGCGGUUGAGGCGGAGGAUGAGGCGGCGAUGGAGGCGCGAGGACGCGCGCGGGACGGAUGGGCGCGAAACGAGGCGUUGCGUCGGUUGUUUCGCGCGGGCGACGUCGGGGGGGGCGAUGGGAGCGCGGGGGGGGAUGGGGCGCGAGGGAACGAGAGCGAGUUAGCGACGUGGCUCCACGGGAACGACGGUGGGGACGGAAAGCGCGCGAAGAGACGAGACUCGAAGGAUGAACCGGCGAGACCGUCGCUCCCGAUCGGUUCGCCCGAGGAUUGGGACGGGGACGGAGGGGCGAAAUCGCGUGAGGGUAGGAGGUACAGUCGGCGUGGGGCGACGGGACGGCGAAGCGAGGACGUGUUGGAAGAGUUGUUGAUGAAUUUGGAUAAAGAGCGCGCGCGAGGUCACGAAGAGGCGGCGCCGAGCGCGAUUGAAACCGCCGUCGCGCGCGCGGCGAAGCACGAAGAGACCAAGACGACAUCACGAGAGAACCUGGCGCCGGACGUCGCGUGGGGGAGCGAUAACGAGGACGAUAGUCAGGCACUUCUGGACGCGGUGACGCUCGUCGAAAAGGCAAAGGCGUGCUCGGCGCAGACGACGCAGGCGAGUAAAGAACCCGCGAUCGCUUCUGAGGGCACGCUGAUCGAUGACGACGACGAUGACGAAGAUCUGUACGCCGCCGUCACCGAGGCGGAGCGAGUAAUUGAGCAGCGGAACGCAUCGGUGCCUACAUCGCCCAGGAGAUCGCCAAGGCAAACCACGCGUCACGCCACCGCGACUUCAGAAGCUCGCGCGCGCUCAACUCAACAAUCGCCGGUAGAAGUGAAGACCGAGGUGAAGACCGAGUCGAAGACUGAAGUAAAAGUAGAGCACAUAGAUGAGGUCUACGACGACGGCGACAUUGAAUUUUUACGAGCAAUUGAGCUCGAGCUGGAAGUGGCGCGCAGAGAAACUGAAAUUCUAGGUACCUGGAUGAUCAAGCACUUCGAGUCAUGUCGUCCAGGAUUAGUUGAUUCGUUAGAUUUGCAUAGACCGAACGGAGAGGCUAAGAAGGUUCUGCUGAAGGGUGCAUGGCGAGAAACUCCCGUAUCCGAGGGCGAUUCCGUAAGUCUUUACGGCCUCGACGAGACGGCACGAGAGCUCGCGGGCAAGGACGUAGUGGAAAUCACGGAAGGAAGCCCAAUCAUGCUGAUUCUUUUCCCUGCGUAUUUGAUUAGUGCGACGACCAUCGGUGGGAGUUUUACGUGUCUGCGGCAGACGGUACUGCAGCAGCAAGUUCAGCAAACAUGGGGCGAUGCGAGUGAAGCCGCCACGGUCGGUACCAUUAUGCACGAGCUUGCUGAAAAGGCGAUCCUGUCUGCUGCCGGUAGGAAUCCGGAGCCCAUGGAAGUCACGGUUGAGCGUAUGAUCAAGUCAUCCACGAACGCAAUAUUCGAAAUUGAUUACAGCGAGCAAAAGUUAAAGCAGAGAAUCGAUAACACCAUCCCCGGUGUGCAACGAUGGGCUCACAAGCUCGCGGCGCUUUCGCGCGUGACAAAGCUUCCGCGCGCCACGCCGGACACGAACGCAUUGGUGCGAAUGAAUCGGAAGGCGGCGAUUGACAAGUUACGAAAUAAAUGCACGGUGGGCGUUGAAGUUCCUGAUAAAGGGACGGUUCAAGUAGAUGAAGUCGUGGACAUCGAAGAGCUCAUAUGGGCCCCGAAGCUGGGUCUGAAAGGUAUCCUAGACGGCGUUGCGAGCGCAGUGGUGCGUGAGCGCAACACGGAUCUUCCAAAGCCGAGCGUUGUACCUCUUGAGCUGAAGACGGGGAAGUGGAGAGACUGCGGACACAACGCGCAGGUGCAACUGUAUAAUCUCAUGAUUGGUGAGCGCUACGGAACCGUCUCUCCUUUCGGAGUGUUGCACUACACCAAUAGCGAUCACGACCCCGAGGGCGAGAGUAAACUGGUUCCAUUGAGCGCUAAGGAUUUAGGACUUUUGAUCCUGCAACGCAACAAGCUGGCGGUUUCGCUUCGUCCCACACCUGAGGCAGCAGUCAAACGAGACGUGCCAAUCGCACCGCACGGAAAAGCUCGAUUGGGAAACGGUCAGCUGCCGGAAAUGACUCCACAAGGAUGGUGUGAGAGGUGCUUUGCGCGCGACGAUUGUUUCACCCUGCAUCGCGCGCUCGAAGGAGGAAACAGCGGUACGAGCGAGCUCGGAGAUUUGUUCGAGACGUGUACUUCGCAUUUAAACAAAAAGUACGAUGAUACGCUUCGUCACUGGCUCCAUCUCAUCGAUUUGGAGUCAUCGGAGUUACUCCGAAAGCGAGCCACUCCUUGGCUCCCUGUGGAGCUGGUGAAUCAACGCGAUGGAUUUGCCGUUUCUGAGAUAUCUUUCGUUCGGGAAGUGACGGACGAUCUCUCUAAAGGUGAUGACCUUUACUAUUACAUGUUUCGACCGUCUCCGAACACUCCAAGGAGCAUUGUCAAGAGGAUCGCGAUUCGUGAUCGCGUUGUCUUGAGCACAAACAACGGUGCGACAACAAUUUGUCGCGCACAAAUCCAAAACGUGCUCGCGGGUCCCGGAGAAGAAACUCAUAUUCUCAUGUCCACUGAGCGACCGCUUCGCAUAAAUAAUCCGAACGAAAAACUUGAACCAUUACCUGGAUCAUGUGAACCGGACGCACUCUGGAGAAUCGAUAAAGACGGCGCCUCUCUGACGAUGGCUGCGAGGUCGCGUGGAAACUUGCUCGCCUUGUUCUACGCUACAGAGCGCGCACAAAUCAAUCGUCGACGUAUCAUUGAUCUACAACGCCCAGUUUUCUCUCAACUGGGCGAGCACAAGCAAACUAUGGAGGUUGCUUUGAAGGAUGUCAAGUUUCCUCUCAACGCUGAACAAGUUUCCGCCGUCGAAAAGAUCAUCACUGCUGAGGACUACUCGUUGGUUCUCGGAUAUCCUGGCGCUGGUAAAACGGCGACACUCGUGGUCGCUAUUAAAGCACUUCGUGCUCAAGGAAAGUCGAUUCUGGUCACGUCACAUACACACAGCGCUAUCGAUAACAUUCUCUCCAGAUUGCCAGACGUCGGCAUCACGGACUUUUUGCGCGUCGGCGAAGAGCAAAAGAUUUCCCCCACGGUGCAGCCUUACAUGCUCGGCUCAGAGCGCUGGAGCUGCACCGUCUCGGACGAUAUGCGUAAAAUAUCGGAGCGAGCGAAAAUCGUCGGCGCAACGUGUUACGCCAUGGGUCACGCGUUCUUCCAGCGAAAGAUGUACGAUGUCGUCCUCAUUGAUGAAUCCGGGCAGAUCACGCUCCCGAACAUUCUGCCUCCUCUCUUCAUGGCAAAGUCAUUCGUGCUCGUCGGUGAUCACCAUCAACUUCCUCCGCUCGUGGUGUCGAAGAAAGCGGCCGAGAGAGGAUUAAACAAAUCGCUGUUUGCUCAACUGUGCGAGGCACAUCCAGACAUCGUCACGCACCUGUCGUUGCAGUACCGCAUGGCUGAGCCACUGACGCGGUUGCCAAAUCUUUUGACGUACGAUGGAAAGUUGCGCAGUGGCACUGAGGUCGUCGCGAGACAAAUGCUCGCUCUCGAAGCACCAAGAGGAAUGUAUGCAUCCGCACCGCAGUGGCUUCUGCACGCCAUGGAUCCGAUGAAUCACUUUGUUUUCCUUGACACGAGCGCUCUCGGCGCCGCUGCUCACGAGACGCCGCCGCCGACAAUCAAUGAGGCAGAGUUGAGUUUGGUACUCACCGUCGUGGGAGCCUUCGUCACGCACGGCGUCGACGCCGAAAACAUAUGCACGCUCUCGCCGUUCAACGCGCAGGUGGACGCCAUGCAAGCUAGUUUGAGCGGAUACCCAGCAUUGAGGGGCGUCGAGGCGCUUACGAUUGAUCGAGCGCAAGGCCGCGAUAUGGAUGCCAUUUGUAUCUCUUUCGUGCGUUCGAACGAAGAAGCGCUCGCGGGCGAGCUGCUGAACGAUGAACGCCGCCUUAACGUCGCCAUCACGCGCGCAAAGAAGAAGCUCGUCAUCGUCGGAUGCGCAAAGACGCUGCGCUCUUCUCCUGUGCUUGGUAGAGCAAUUGACUUUUUGAUCCGCGAGGGCUGGGUCAUUCCGCUCGCGCACGACGCGUUGGAUUUCGCCAAUCGGGCGCUAUCAGACAGCGCACCGAUCGUUCUCUGA